AUGGGGUGUGCACUUGGAACUUGCGAAGGACCACAAUGGUUGGCUGAUAUGGGACUUGACCAGCCAGCAGCUGACUGUGUCAAGGGAUGUGGAGUAGCAGCAGCAGCAGCAGCAGCAGCAGCAGCAGCAGCAGCAGCAGCAGCAGCAGCAGCAGCAGCAGCAGCAGCAGCAGCAGCAGCAGCAGCAGCCGCAGCAGCAGCAGCAGCAGCAGCAACGUGCGGCUGA